AUGAGAGUGUGCGGCCAAGCGUGUGUGUGCUCAAGGGACGUGGAUGGUAACGCCAUGCUUGCGGACCCCUACACCAUUGCCCAUGCACCAUGCCACAUCAAACCCCUCCAGCCCAUGAGUUUUUUCCUUUGCUCCACGUCUUCCCCCUCUUAUACCAUCCCCCCAUUCUCCUUUCCCCCCUACCCCACUGGCCACCACCAGCCCCACGGCAAGCGGCAUAUGCUCUCCACGGACUUCCUCGUGGCAAGCGGCGCAUGCUGUGUGCGGACGUGUACGCGCUGGCCACGCCCUUCGUCCCUUCCCCCCACCAUGCCUGCCCUAUGCCAUCCCUUUCCCCACCAGCCCCGUGGAAAGCGGCGCAUGCUGUGCACGGCCGUGUACGCGCUGGCCACGCCCUUCCACCUGGUGGUGCGCGUGCUGCCCCUCGCCCUGCCCCACCCCAUCACUGCUGCACCCGCCACUCCUGUCCUGAGGCCAAUUUCUCCCCCCUCCUCUUCCCGCCAUUCCCACCCCUCCCAUCCAACCCUGCAGGUGCAGCAGUGGGGCGUGGCUGUGUUUCGCCUGCCCCACGGGCUGUGGGGGGCUGUGACGGCGCUGCUGCAGCUGCUGCCUCUGGCAUCGGAUAGCAGCGUGGGCGAGGCGGCUCAACUGCGCUUCCUGCAACAGCACAUGCACGCCUCCUUCCACCCCCAUGUACCCCUCGCCCCGCCACCCGACCUCUCUCUCCCUGCCGCCACGGCCUUCCUCUCAAGCGGUGAUCUGCUGCUGACGAGCAAGUUCCGCGGGCCGUGGGGCCUCUUUGAGACCAUUGAGAAGUGGGUCACUGGCAGCUAUGCUGCUCAUGCCGCCCUGCUGCUGCGCACUGAUGCCGCGGGGGUGGGUGCGGUUGGGGGAGGUGAUGGGGGUGAUGGGGGUGAAGGAGUGGGGGAGGUGAGGGAGGGGGAGCUCUGGGUUGCAGAGAGUGGGCGGAUUAGCGUGGCAGGGCGGCCGGAGAUUGCGGUGGAGCGGUUUUCAGAAUGGUAUAGUCGGAUGCAGAGGGAUCCGAGUGGGCAGCACGUGGUGGUGCUACGGCUGGGGGAGGAGGGGUGGCGGCGGUGGGACAAUGGGCGCGCGUGGGCGUUCGUGGCAGCGCUGGCAGCCGUGUGGAGCCGAGUGCAGCCGGAAUAUGCCGCCCGCAUAUGGAACGAGGCCCUUAACAGACGCCUGGGGACUCAGAACCUCUCGCUAGAGCAAGUGUUGGUCGAGUGUCAGCGCCGAAACAUUUCGUUCGGGCAGCUGUUGGCGCUGCCCGAGCAGGACAGCUGGCGCUACAGUGACGGGCUGUCGCUGUCGUGUGUGGCGUUUGCGCUGCGCGUGUGGAAGGAGGCGGGUGUGUUUGGCCCCAUGGGGGAGCACAUCAACGUCAGCGAAUUCACGAUACGAGACGCCUACCAGCUGCAGCUCUUUGCUUCCAACGCCUCCCACCUGCCCUCCUGGUGCUUCAGCCAAGACCAAUCAGAGGAGGAGCAAGCAGGGCAGCAGGAAGAGCAAGAACAGCAUAGAAGAAGGGAGAGCAGUGGAGGGAGGAAAGGGGGUGAUAAGGAGCGUGGUAGGGAGCAAGGAGGGGAGGGGGCGGGUGGUGUGCGGGCGUGGUGUCAGCUGCUGGGCAAGUGGCGCUUUGACCUACCUGGCUUCAACUCCAUCCCUCUCUACGACCACAUGAACGAACGAUGCCCCACCCUCCCCCCUAACUACAUGCGGCCGUCUUUCUGCUGA